AUGGAGGUACUGGGGACGGGGCAGGCUACCGCUGCCGAAGCUUCAGAGCAACGGUACCUCAACGUGACGGCGCACCGGCUUUAUGUACUGCGGCAGCUACAGAAAGGCUUAAGAAUGUUUUGCGGUACUCCAUAUGUUGAGGAGAUUCCAAGCGCCUCUUCUGUUGGGAUCUCUGCUGAUGUAGCACACACUCCAUUUAUGGAGCUGCAGCAACAGCAACAGUCCUUGGUGAGUGGACUGUACUGGACCCUGUGCUGUCUCGCAGUGCUGCAACCACGAGUUACACUGUCCUUGUCAUGUCAAGAGGGGCACCAUCCAGAAACGAACUUAGUGCCUCUUCCGCCGAAAGUGAAGGAGGACCUCAUUUUCAAGGUCAUCCUCUCUUGUCUCCGCAGGAGGCAGUGUACAGGAUGGGCUUCAGCAGCUCCAGAAGUAAGGUCCCCAUUAGGGCUAGCCGAGCGGGGGGAAGAAUAUGGAGGGGGCAUAGAUAAAAAGGCGUCACAAGGGACAGUCAUGCCAUCAACUGCAGCUGCAGCUUCACUAGAGGCGAAAUCUCAUCUGCACUGCGAUCGAUCAGCCAUUGGCUUCAGCAGUAACAUGGCCGAGGGUGCAACAGCUACAGCUCUCUCCACUUGCAGCGGCCUGCAGGCCUUGGCCCUCUUGGACGCCCUCCCUCUUCUCUCAGAAGGAACCCUGCAGCAACUCCGACGUUUCGUGUUGUCUCUACAGAGGCUAGAGGAUGGAGCAUUUGCAAACACACUACAUCGCCGCUGCUGGAGCAACUUGUGCAGCUCCUGCAGUCACUCAACAGCAGGAGCACCGGUUCCGACGGUGCCAGCAGCAGCAACAACAGAAGAGGUGGAGUGGGAAAGUGAGGGGGACGUGCGUUCCACUUUCUGUUGUCUCCUCAGCCUGAAGUUGAUACACGCGGCUGUUAAGGCUCGCCAUAAUCGCAACGCCGCGGUUCCUGUGCCUCAUUCUGGUGCACUUGCUGCGCGUGCUGUUGGUAGUGCCGCUGAAGAAGACUCUGCUGCUGUCACGCCAGAGGAAAUCGCUGGUGAAAAGCCUGCUCCAUUCAGAGAGGGACCUACAGACCCCGACCCAUGGCAGCAUCCUUCUGGAGGCAUUUCGCGGGCUUCCUCGUUCUUCCACUCGCCAGCACAAAAGGGUUGCGUGGCGAGUGCUGCCUGUGAGGGUUGCACGGAACCAUCGAAGUCUACGAAUGAGAAUAACGACGGCAACAGCAGCGGCAUGUACAACCCAUUGAGUAUGCUUGGUACGGGCCCGCUGGAGUCCUCAGAGAAACAGUUGCGUUGUCCCGACCCGUUCCACACAUUUUUUGCCUUGGCGGGCCUUAGUUUGCUGGCUCACGGCUGGAAAGAAGAAACGAAGCAACUGGAGCUGCAACAGCGGGAACCGCAGCAAGAAGAGCAAGAGCACCAAAUCCAGCAGAAUCUCCAGUGGCAAGCGACCUGCAGACAGCUUCUGCAGCCAUUGGAUCCUCAGACGGCGCUGCCGCUGCAGUUGGCUAAUAGUCUUUAG